AUGGGGAGGCGGCGGGAGCCGGGCAGGGCGGUGGGGCCCGGCGGGGCCGCCAGCUGUCAAAGAGGCAUCCCGGGCUCCGCCAGCGGGAGCAGCCUUAUGUGUCCCAGCUGCGAAGCCCCCUUGGCCCCGCUCGCCAUGAACACCGAGGAGCAGUAUUACGCCUCGGCGCAGCUCUACAAGGAGUCGUGUGCGUUUCAGAGAGCCCAAGCGCAGGACUACAACCCCAGCCCCCCCGCCUGCCUGUACAUGGGCAGGCAGCAACAGACUCCUUAUUCCAGCGCCUUAGGGGCUCUCGAGCAAGGCAGCCCUCCAGACAUUUCACCUUACGAAGUGCCCCCCAUCACUGAGGAUGCCGGGGUCUCCCACCUUCAUCACCAUCACCACCACCACCCUCAUCUUCCUCCUCCCCACCAGGACGCGCUGCCUUUCGCAGACGGGGCGGACACGGGGGCUAUAGAGGAGCCCCGAGUGCAGGUGCCUUUCGCCUGGAUGAAGUCCACCAAAUCGCACGCCUGGAAGGGACAGUGGACCGGUGGAUCCUACAUGGUGGAACCGGAGGAGAACAAGCGGACGAGGACGGCGUACACGCGGGCGCAGCUGCUGGAGCUGGAGAAGGAGUUUCUCUUCAACAAGUACAUCUCCAGGCCGCGGCGGGUGGAGCUGGCUGUCAUGUUGAACUUGACCGAGAGGCACAUCAAGAUCUGGUUCCAGAACCGGCGGAUGAAGUGGAAGAAAGAAGAAGACAAAAAGCGGGGGGCGGGCAACAGCAAUGACCCCGAGCAAGACUGCGUGGUGUCCUCCGGGGAGCUGCAGACCAAGGAGGAUGUCCAGCCGUGCCCCGCCGGGAGCCUUCCCUCGGGAGCCUCCAGGGACCUUCUCGCCCCCAGCCUAGCCCCCAGAAGGCAGCAGGACUCUCGGUGAGCGGCGGGGAGCUCCACGGCCCGGGACGAGGAAAAGGAUGGGACAUGGAAAAGAGUCGAGAGGUUGGCGCCAGCUUCCCUCCGCCGUGCCGUGCCGUGCCGUGCCGUGCCGUGCCGUGCCGUGCCGUGCCGUGCCGUGCCGUGCCGUGCCUCGCCGUUCCGACCCACUCGCGCCUUCCCCCGGGGAAACGCGGUGCCUCCAUUCCGAAACUCGCAUCCUCCGGAAAGCAAAUAGAAGAUGCACAGCUGUGACAAGCAGAGGCUCGCUGUGGGCGCUAGCGCCGGAGGAGGCCGCAGGGAGCCGCCGGGAUGGCGGGGAGCUGGGCUCCGCUGGCCCGGGCCGCCUGCGCCUCAGGGAGCCCUACGGGAUAGCUUUCCCCGGGGAAGGUGGGUGUCGGGUGGCCACCGACGGUGUGUGCCGCCCUGGGUGCCCGGAGAGCUCUGGAAACCGGAGGAGAAGCGAGCGCACGCUGCCUUCCGUGCCGCCGACAGCCGCUCGGUCGGAGCGCGCGUCCCGCCGCCUCCGUCGGUCCAUAGGCGCGGACACGGAGCCGAGUAUCCCGGACCACCCACGGGCUGGCACGCCGCCGUCCCCGUCCCUUCCAGUCCCCCAGGGCAUCGGCUCUACCGAGGACUCUCUCAGGACUGUUACUUACUUCUUUGGAAACUGGAACCUGGUUUCUUUCGUUUUCUUUUGCUUUUG